UAAGAAAGGUUGAUCGCAUAAGGAUUUACUAGGCUCUCCAGCCCACUUUUUGAUUUUAAUACAUUCUAAAUCACUUUUAUAAAUACAUGUGGAUUUAAAUUAAGAGUCGUCUGUUUACCUGGAGCGAGUUUUCCCCUUGUCAUGUUUAUGGCCUUGCGUUACUGGCAACAACGUCAAUAAAACAACGCGAAGGCGGGACCUCUGAUGAAGCAGCCAAUCAACGGGCACCUUUUGAGAGGCGUUUAAAAGCAAAGAAGCGCCUCUUGCCACUGCCAGUAAUAAGGAAACUGAGGAGAAGUUAAGACACAGAGAGAAGAAGAGGAAUGAAAACAUCUGAGUAAAUCUCUGGACUCCGCUUUGAAUCCAUCUAAAGGUACAAACCGACGACUUGGUACAGUACAGUUCCCAUAUUUUGGAAGUUUUGCUGUUUUUUGUAGCUUUAAUAAAUACAGCGGGACUUUGCGCUGGAGAUUGACACAUUUCGGACACAGCAGCAUCGUUUGCAGCGCACUCUUGUAUUUGACUGUCUUUAGAAAAAAAAAAAAAGCACAAUAUUUCCACAAUAAUGGAACAGCCUUUUUAUGACGACUCGUUUCUCUCUGCUUAUGGCCAUCCAGGCGCAGCUCUGCCAGACUACAAGCUGCUAAAGCAGAAUAUGAACUUGAACUUCUCCGAUUCAUAUCGGAACUCGAGCUUCAAGACACAGCACCUGCGCGGAGACGGUGAUUUCUACCCAGCAGGGACCGCGGACGUGGGCUCCCUGAAGCUCGCCUCCCCGGAACUCGAGCGGCUGAUCAUCCAGAGCAGCACCGGGGUCAUCACUACACCGACCCCCGCACAGUACCUCUACAACCGCGGCAUCACAGAGGACCAGGAGGUGUUCGCUGACGGCUUCGUCAAAGCGCUGGACGAUCUGCACAAGAUGAACCAGAUGGCGCCUCCAAACGUCUCCAUCGGCACCGGUGGGAUCGCAUGUCCGGCUCCGGGCUCGGGGUUCGCCCACUCUAUGCCGCCAGAACCGCUGGAGUACACGAACCUGAGCGGCUGCACAACCUCUGGAACCAGUUAUCAGUCAACCAUCAGCUACCUGCCGCACAACCAUUAUCACCAGCAUUCCCAUGCAGUGGCGCACGGGUCCCACCACUUCCAGCCCUCCCUCGCAGGAGCCGGCAUCCACUCGCAGCGCUUCGGGGGCUUGAAGGAGGAGCCCCAAACGGUGCCCGACAUGCAGAGCAGCGACACCGGCUCCCCGCCGAUGUCGCCUAUCGACAUGGAGAACCAGGAGCGGAUCAAGGCGGAGCGCAAGCGGCUGAGGAACCGGCUGGCAGCUUCCAAAUGUCGGAGGCGCAAGCUGGAGCGCAUCGCCCGGUUGGAGGACAAGGUGAAGGUGUUGAAAACAGACAACGCCGGACUGUCGAACACGGCCUCCCUGCUGCGGGAGCAGGUGGCCCAGCUCAAACAGAAAGUCAUGACUCAUGUGAGCAGUGGCUGCCAGCUCAUGUUAGCGCCCAAAGUGAAGUCUUACUGAAGAAAUUAUGCACUUUUUUUUUUUUUUUAAAUGAACACUGGACAAAAACUGCACUGAAAAACACAAGACUUUAUACGCUGAGAGUACGAGAACUGAAUCAACCGUGGUUUAAAAAAAAAAAAAAAAAAAAGCCAGACAAGAAAUCUUACAACCAGCCUAAAAAAAAACAAACACUUAGGGGCAUUUUUGAAAAACGUUUUAAAAGUGCCGUCUUGGCUUUCCCUGUUUACAUUUUGUUUGCCCUUUGUGAUGCUUUUUACGUGUAUAAGUUAUUUGUGUUUAUCUUUUUUUUUUUUUUUUUUACCUGUACAAUAAUAUUUAAGCAAGAAAUUAAGACAAUGUGUAAUUAAAAGAACUCGCUGCUUA